UGAAUGAAUUAUUCUCUUGCUAGCUUAUAUUAUUUCCAUUUGAUUUCUUUGAAAUGUUUAUUUUUGAAACUGUAAAUGUCGUUUCUUAGAUGGUUGUAUAAUCUCGAGUGUAGGUGGUGAUCACAAUUGAUGGAUUUAUUCUAAACUGCACCCAUCUUAAUUACCUGUCACAAUGCACAUAUAACCAGAUGUUUGAAAAUGAGCCAUUCGUGUUCUGGCAAACCUGUUAUAGCUGUUUUUAUGUCGAUUGCAUUGUAGUUUAACAGCACGAUUAUCUUUAGAACGAACUAUCUUAUAGAUCUUAUAGAACUUGCAUGGGGAAAAUGUAAUGUUUAUAUUGGAAAUGAGAAUAAAUGCAGUUAUAUAGGAUUGGACUGUAUGUCAUUAAAAUUCAGCCAUCAUCACAUCCCUGUUGCCAUGACGCCUGCGAGCUGCCUUAUCCCUCAUUUGCUUCAGUUCUGCACAAUGUUCUGUUAAUGCUCGUUUGCAUGCUCUUUUAAUAGAUGCUUCGAUGUAUAUGCAUUUUAUUGGGUUUAGUGUAUAUAAGAGCGAAUUGUUGGGGAUUUAAACGUCGUGUGACGUAAUGGGGACUAUUGUCAACUCAAGUGUGGGUGCAGACAUGUACAUUUAGUGUAUUUAAAUGAUUCUAGCUUGUACUUGCUCGUCAAUCUGCUAAUGAUAUAUGUCUGUUUCAGUGGUAUUGUGUUAAGAUUUAUCCCUAUCUCACUUGUGAGUGUAUUUGUGUUUUACUCUGCACAGAAAUCCUGGACUCCAGAAGGCUGAAAGCUGGUUUUGUAUAAUGAGGAUAAAGUCCAUAUAGUCUUCUAUUUUCAUCCAGAUAUAAUUCAAAUAUAGACGUUUUCUGAAUAUAGACUGAAUAAACUAUAUUAUUUAGAUUAUAAUGGCCUGAUUUUAGUCACAUUCAUUCUUUAGACACAUCUGCACAUCAAUUUUUUUUCUUCUUUUUUAUUUUAAUAAGCAAGCAAAAUGGAGCACUCCUGCAAAGACGGAAUUUGGACUAAAAAUGUCCAGCGACUAUGAAGAGCCUGGUCAGUCAGUAGGGAUGUUGGCUGCGGUGGAACAUGGUCCGGUCCUCUGCAGUGACUCCAACAUCCUCUGCCUCUCAUGGAAAGGGAGAGUUCCCAAGAGUGAGAAAGAGAAGCCGGUGUGCAGGAGGCGCUACUAUGAGGAGGGCUGGCUGGCCACGGGGAACGCACGGGGUGUUGUGGGUGUGACGUUUACCUCCAGUCACUGCAGGAGAGACAGAAAUACCCCACAAAGAAUUAACUUCAAUUUACGGGGUCAUAACAGUGAGGUUGUCCUUGUCAGGUGGAAUGAGCCAUUUCAGAAGCUUGCUACAUGUGACAUGGAGGGUGGGAUAUUUGUGUGGAUCCAGUAUGAAGGAAGAUGGUCUGUAGAACUGGUGAAUGAUAGAGGUGCUCAGGUGAGCGACUUCACCUGGUCACAUGAUGGUACACAGGCCUUAAUCGCCUACAGAGAUGGUUUCGUCCUGGUGGGCUCAGUGAGUGGUCAGAGACACUGGUCUUCUGAGAUCAAUCUGGAAAGCCAGAUCACCUGUGGAAUCUGGACCCCCGAUGACCAACAGGUGCUGUUUGGAACUGCAGACGGGCAAGUCAUAGUGAUGGAUUGCCAUGGCCGUAUGCUUGCCCAUGUUCUGCUGCAUGAAUCAGAUGGGAUCGUCAGCAUGUCCUGGAACUGCCCAAACUUUCUGGUGGAGGACAGCACUGAGAGCGAUACAGACUCUGAUGACACUGCCCCAGCUCAAGUGCAAAACCUCAAACCACUGCUCACAGUCAGCUUCAUAUCGGGAGAUAUUAGUUUAAUGAACAGCUAUGAUGACCUUUCACCUAACAUUAUACGCUCAGGGCUGAAAGAUGUGGAGGUACAGUGGUGUUCUCAGGGAGACCUUCUGGCAGUGGCAGGGAUGGAAAGUCACGGCCUGCCCGCUGACUCAGCCUGCAUCUCCAUAAUGAGGAAUGCCCUUGUCAAGUUUUACAAUGUCCAAGGGGAACAUAUAUACACUUUAGAAACUCCAGCCCAAAGGCCCAUCACUACUAUCUGCUGGGGUCACAGGGACUCCCGGCUGUUUUUAGCCUGCGGACCAGCACUAUAUAUUGUGCGUGUAGAGCACCGUGUGGCCAGUCUGCAGCUACUGUGCCAGCAGGGCAUUGCCAGUGCUCUUAAAGAGGAGAGAGAUGUGGGAAAACUGAAUAUGCCCUCCCUACUCUGUUCCUAUGUUACCACAGCAUUCAUUCCAACUCUCAAGCCACCCAUCCCUGAUCCAAACAACAUCCGGGACUUUGUGAGCUAUCCCACAGCAGGCAAUGAAAGGCUGCACUGCACUAUGAAACGCUCAGAGGAGAACCAAGAGGCAGGAGGGCCCUGUUACACACUCUACCUGGAACACCUAGGUGGCCUGGUGCCUAUUCUCAAGGGCCGUCGCAUCAGCAAACUGCGACCAGAGUUUGUCAUUAUGGACCCCAAAAUGGAUGGUAAAACAGAUGAGGUCUGUGUAAAUGGGAUGAUCUCCUAUUUGACUGACAGUUGUAACUGCUCCGACUCUAGUGAUAUUGAGUUAAGUGAUGAGUGGGUUGGACGAAAGUCACCAAAACUUUCCAGAGGAAACAGGUCUCCUAAGCUUCCUAGGUACUCUAAACAUUUAAGAGUUAAUAUGGAAUCAAGAAAGUCUCCAAAACUUGCCCAAACAUCUCAAGAAAUGUCUAGGUCUCCUAGAUUACCAAAGAAGCCACCAGUUCGGUCACCAAGUCUAACUCGAAGAGAAUUUCCUGUUGAUGGCUUUAGUGAGCAUAAUUAUUUGGCCCAGGUCACCUCUAACAUCUGGGGAACAAAGUUUAAGAUUGUGGGCCUUGCAUCCUUUUUGCCAGCUAACUUGGGAGCAGUUAUUUAUAAAACUAGUUUGCUGCACCUGCAACCCCGUCAGAUGACAAUCUAUUUACCUGAGGUGCGUAAAAUUUCCCUGGAUUUCAUGAGUCUCCCAGUCUUCAAUCCUAAUGUGUUCAGUGAGGAUGAAGAUGAUUUACCAGUGAUGGGACCCUCUGGAGUGUCAGCCGACAAUCCUCCUUGCACGGUUAAUAUUCCAAUCGCUCCAAUUCACAGUCCUGCUCAAGCCAUGUCUCCUACGCAGAGUAUAGGCCUUGUUCAGUCUCUCCUAGCAAAUCAGAACAUUCAACUUGAUGUCCUCACAAAUCCAACGGCCACUGCAGCGGCGGCUGCUGCAGCUGCAGCAGCAACAGCAGCAGCAGCUAAUGCAACAGCUUCAGAAAAUAGUCAGGACACUGUUACAGCACAGUACACAGUUCCAACAAGAUACUCCAACCCUGGACAGGUGAUAUUUAGUGGCCUUGAAAUUAGUAACAUUCUAAGUGGAACCCUUCCUCCUCCCCCACAUCAUCUUCCGCAACAAUCCCACCAACAACGACAACAGCAACAGCAACAACAAGACCAUCAACAAUCAAAGCAUCAGCAGCAAUUACAACCACAGCAGCAUCAUCUGAAAUUGCAACAUCAGUCACAGCAGCUGCAUCCACAGUCGCUGCAGCAGCAGCACAUGCAACAUCAAUUGCAAACACAGCAGCAUCAACAACAGCUGCAACAGCAGCAUCAACAGCUCCAGCAGCAGCAUCAACAGCUCCAGCAACAGCAUCAACAGCAGCUGCAACAACAUCAAAUUCAUCAGCAGCAACUGCAACAGCAGCAACAACACAUUCAGCAGCAAGUGCAGCAGCAUCAACAGCAAAUUCAUCAACAUCAUCAACAACAAUUCCAACAUCAGCAGCAUCAACUGCAGCUACAGCAUGAGCAAAUGCAGCAGCAGCAGCAACAGAUGCAGCAGCAGCAGCAACAAAUUAGACAACAAAUUCAAGAGAUGAGGCAGCAGCAACAACAGCUUCAACAGCAGCAUCAACAAAUACAGCUGCAGCAUCAACAGAUGCAAAGGCAGCAUCAGCAAAUGCAGCAGCAGCUCAAAAUGCAAAUUACCUUACAGCCUCCUCCUUCAGGAUAUACUACUCUAUCCUUGCAUCAGUUACAGCUGAUGCCUCAAAUUCCACAUCCAGGCCAGCCAUCGAUCAGAGGAGAACAAGUCCUCACUCUGAAGGUUCCCUCACGACCACAGUCUUUCAUUGAAAUGGACAAUCUUGAGGUUCAGAUGCGCAAGGUAAACCCUCCGCCACCUUAUCCAGGUACAGUGGUUUCUGCUGCAGCAGCCAUACCCACCACUGCCCCUCCCGUUCUUCUUGUUAGCAAUGAGAAUGGCAAUACGCUGUCAACGGACCAAUGCUUAACUAAGGAUGAAUUCUCUCUUCAUCCGGUGGGCCUUCAAUACCCAACUCCACUAGGCUAUGAAAGGAUCACAACUUUUGACAGCAGUGGGAAUGUGGAGGAGGUGUGUCGCCCAAGGAGACGCCUGUUAAGGAACCAAAAUGCCUAUGGGGUGCAAGGGAUGGGCAGCUCUGCUACACUGAAAGUAACCUCUUCUGAGAACAAGAAGGUCCAACUGCCAUAUAGCUCAGCAACUCUCAGUCGCCUCUCUGUGCCUCGAUAUUCCAUACCAAGUGGAGACCCACCACCUUAUCCCGAAACGUCCAGCCAGAUCAACACAAUCAGAAGUUCCACACAGAGGAUUGACAGCAGUCUGAUUCAUGCCACUUUGCGUCGUGAUCGAAGGGAACCCUCCCUAAAGGUUUCUCAAAUGGUGGACACAGUGAGAACUUUACCAACAAAAUCAAAAAUGAAUGGCUCCCUCACGUUGUCCUAUCAACCUAGGAUCCCCACAGCUUUGUAUACGUGCACUCAGUGUAGCAGUAAUAGCAGCAGCACAAGUGUCAGUGUCACUGGUGGUGGUACCAACAGCAGUGGAAUUGCUGGAGGAACUGUGGUGAGGCAAGAGUUUCCAGCAGGCAAAGAGGCCCAACACAGCACUAUAAUCGUGCACUCCAAAAGUGCGUCACCAUUGGCUUCCCAGUCCUCAUAUAACCUCCUGAGUCCCAUUGAAAACAGUAGAGACAGAACCGUUUAUGUAAAUUCUGCCUUCACUGAAGAUGAGACAGUAAGUCAACAGUGCCAUCUUGAAAAAUCAGUGCGACAUUUGACGCUAGGAGAUGUUAAUUUGACUGUCAAACGGCCUCCACCUUACCAAUGGGACUCUCCUGCAACAGAUCAACUAUGGAUACCUCAAGAGCAAAACAUACUGCCUGCACCUCCUUCACAUAAGCCACCACCAUUCAUUCUUAGCCCACCACAGCACUUGGACAUGACCCGACUGCCUUACGUCCUUUCAACGAAGCCUUCCCCCAGUCCAAGUUCUAUGACCCUACCUUCAGCUUAUCAGUUGUCUCUUUCACACUUUCCAUCAGUGGUUGGACAUGGUGGACCUCAGUUGCAGCCUUUGCAGAGUCCUGCGCAGCCAUGUGGUCCCAAUGACAUGGUAACAUCUAGUCCUUUCAGCCAGCCCGACCCAACAUUAGUCCUUCCCCCUGGUUAUUCCGCUAAUCUGACCAAUCUAGGAUGCUGUACUCUGCCUCCCAUGUACCCAGGGGCUAGCUCCUGCAGCAACAUUCAGCUCCAUCCAAUGAGUUUGCAUCCUUGGACCACUUACAGCAACUGCCCUCCCUUGCCAGACCAUUCAGCCACACUCCCCGGUAAGACCCAUAAGGCCUUGGAAAAGCCCAUUCUUUCUCCUCCUCCACCACUUGCACCUCCCCCACCACCUCCUCCCCCACAUCCUCUCCCUCCUCCUCCUCCUCCACCUGUUGAACUCUUGAACCAUCAAAUCACCUCAGAGGUGACUGCUGAAUCUGGAGAGAACUUUCAGGAGCAGUCCUCACUAAAUGAGAGUCCAAUUCCACAGGGAGCUGAGAGGUUCAACAAAAAGGGUCGUAAGAGGCUUGACAGUAGGGCAGAAGAGGCAAACAUGUCCAGUGUCUCUGAAGGAAAAUCAAAGAAGGAGAGUCGUACACUCUCAGACUUCAAUUCCCUGAUCUCUAGCCCAAGACUCGGCAGCAGGGAGAAGAAGAAACCUAAAGGGCAGAAAGAGCCAUUGAACAAGGCCAAGAAACUGAGCAGGACCUCCAAUGAGUUUCAGGACAGCUCAGAGAGUGAGCCUGAACUCUUCAUUAGUAGUGACGAGUUGAUGAACCAAAGCCAGAGCAGCAAGAAAGGACGGAAGAGCAAGCGCAAUCUACGUACUGCAAGCGAACUUGAGGAGAUCAAGUGCCGCAAAGCUAAUGAGAGAGAGGAUCGUAGUCUUGGCAGCCAAGGUUUCGUCUAUGUCAUGGCCAACAAGCAGCCAUUGUGGAAUGAAGCUACCCAGGUUUAUCAGCUUGACUUUGGAGGACGGGUGACACAAGAGUCAGCCAAAAACUUUCAGAUUGAGCUUGAUGGACGACAAGUAAUGCAGUUUGGCAGAAUUGAUGGCAAUGCAUACAUCCUGGAUUUUCAGUAUCCAUUCUCAGCGGUACAGGCAUUUGCUGUGGCCUUGGCCAAUGUAACUCAGAGACUUAAAUAGAAAACCUCUCUAGCAAUUUUGGCCUUGAGAACAAUUGAGAAACAUUUUAUUGAAAAAUUAUGUUCUGUCUCUCUGCUGCCAUAACAUGCUGCUGUCUGUGUAAAACCAGUUAGUAGCUGAGGGAUCUGGUCUCUCUCAGGCAGAGUGUACACAAGACGUACACAGGUGAUCCAACAAUAGAUUUUUGGCUUUGCUGUACCUUUUUCUUAAUAGAGGUUCAAGCUGAUUUACCUUAAUGAUGGUACACAUUUGAAAAGAAAGUUUAAUUGCUUGUGUUUUGAUGGAAUAUAUUUUUAUUUUAAGAUUCAACCUUGAUUAAUUUUCCUGUAUUUCAAUAUGUACUGUAUAAUGGUGUGAUGAAAUGUAAAGCUAAUUACUAAAGUCUGACAUAGAUGUUAGACUAUGGACCAUCCAAUUUCCUUUUUUGCUUUCUCGCUUCUUUUUUUAUUUGUUCUUUCCAGAGGUUUUUUUUUUAAACCUUAAACAAAUUUAGGUUUCCUACAAUAAUUUUUAAGUGACUGAUUUUUGACUGUUGUUUGUUGUCAGCAAUUUUUAAAAAAUGUGGCAUUGGCCAAAUGCUUAAAUUUGAAUGUUCCAAACAUCUUCCAAGAAGUGAAAUCAGAGAAAAUAUAUUUCAGUUAUAAUGAUGUUUUCCCCUUUUUUUUCUUUUUGAAAAUAUCCUACAUUUAAAUGUCUUAAACAAUUAUAUUGCUUUAUUUGCACAAUUAAAUAUAAUUAAUGUAUUACUUUUUAAUGUUAAAUAUAACACAUCAGAGCUGGAGCCUUUUUUAUUUAAUGUCAAAUAUAUUAUAUAAUAGUUUCUUUAUCAUGUAAUAACAUGACAGAAAAGUGCUGUAGUUUAAUGUACCUAAACAAAUUUACAUUACAGUGUUCAGUGUACUUGAAAAUGACAACUUUAGAAGGAACUAUAUAGUAUGCAUUUAUUUAGCCAAAAAUGUCUUAUCUCACAAUAUAAAUUGCAUUUAACAGACUAUAUAUUAUGCAAUGAGUGGAAUAAAAUGGAAUAAAAAGUCAGUAUGUUGGACAGGAGUUUUCCCCAUUCCUGAGGAAUCUUGAAUAAUCUGAUUUGUUAUUUGUUUCAUCACAGUUUAAGGGACAUCCUUUUAUUAAAUUCAGUCUAUUUGUUUUACUGUUUAUUAAUUGUGUAUUAAUAUUUUACAUUUCUUACAGCAAAACAGCUAAAACAAGGUAUUGAUUUUAUUGUCAUUUUUUGAUGUAAGCCAGACAGUGAUUCAGAGUGGGUUAGCUGUUGAUAUCGUCAAUUUUAAGCACUUAUUCUAAUGAUAAAUGUUGUAUUCUUUGAUGAUUUGCAGUUGCUGUUAUUUCUAACCAAUUUGUACUGGGCUAUUCAAGUUUAAAUCAUGUGGAUUGUGAGGCUUCAACUGUGCUUUAUUGCUUAAUAAUGUAAAUUAAAAAAAUGUAAUUCAAGGAUCUAUUGGAAGCAUUAGAAUGUGUGCACAGUAGACUUAAA